AUGAUCCACAGCUACCACCAAAGCUCCAGUGUGAUGAGCACGGAGGACGGCAGUAGCUCUACUGUGUUUGGAAAUCCUCGAAUAGAGCAGCGACGUCGGCACGUGCAGCAGCAGCACCUACCACGUCUGCCCUGUAGUUGCGAACCUUUCUCGGAGACACUUCAGUCGUCCUUCAAAGCACGACAGGACCCUAUCGCAGAGUAUGAGCCACGACGCAACGGCGAGGGCAGUAAUCCCAUGUUGCUCAGAAAUGAAGGAGGCCGCUCAAACAUGCCGCACGUGGAGGGAAUGGAAGGCGGUGCGAUAUCCCCGCCCUCCAUGCGCACAGCACGCACGGACUUGCCCGCCCUGGCGUCACCGAAGACCUCGGCUGAGGAGUCGCGGGCCCUCCUAGAAACGGUAGUGGCGGUGUCGACGAAGAUGCCUCCACACGAGCCGCAGGUGCGCCCCCUUGGUGUGUAUGUGCGCACCAGCCGCGGCGGCCCCAACGGGGUGACGCGUGUCGUUCUCGUGAGAUUGACCGACCCCAGCGAUCCCUUCUUUUUGUUUGAGCUGGAACUUCUCGAGGACGACUACAGCGCCUUUAAGCAGCGCCUGGAGCUGCUCGUUGACUUUCAUGGCUUCCCGCGCUACCUGGUCGGCAUGCUGCGCGACAUCGCUGACGGCGCUUCCGCCUAUGAGUUGUCCUUUGUGCUGAACAAUGCUGCAGUAGGUGACUCAAACCGAGGGACGCUUCGAGUGCUAGAGACGACGGACUUCAAAACUGUAGAGCAUAUUUCACUCGUGCUGCUACGACAGGGGGACGCUGGCCUCAAGCGGUACCUCGCCGAGCGUUUUCAACACUACGAGCAGUCGUUUCGUGCCUCGGAGGCUUCCCGUAUUGCCAUCACGGCGGAGCUAAAGGAGAGGAUUGAUGACCUGCAGGUGGCAAACGACGCGCUGCGUGCUCGUCUGCGCAAGACCGAGGAAGAGAUGCGAUUUAUGACGACAGACGCAGAGAAGGAGCAGCUGGUCGCGCUGAACCGGCUGCGCGACCACCACACGAAGGAGAUGAAUGGCACUCGCGAAUCAUUUGACAAAAAAAUCGAGCAGCUCUCGCACGCCUUGGAGGAGAAGACACGUCAGCUGCGCGACACGACCAACGAAAAGGAUGCUGAUGGCAGAGGCACGCGCUCGCACCUCAGACCUGGAGGCCACGGUGACCUCGCUUCAGUCACACCUGCGCAGUGCACAGGACACGGUGGGGGUGCAGACCAAGGAGCUUGUGGCUUUGCGGGAGAUAAAGAGCUGGCGAACUUUAAGGCGGAGGCAACAAAGGCAAUGUCAGAGAAUGAGCUCAACUACGUGACGCUGGCGGAGCGGCUCCGCGGCACCAGCACCGCACUGCAGAGUCGAGAAGAGAAGUUGGCCGCACUGCAGGCACACUACGAGAAACAGGACGAGUACAUUCGUAUUUUGGCCGAGCAGAACAAGCAGCAGGCAGACCACGUCCGCGAGGCGGAGAAAAAUCUGGACAAGGCCCAUCACAUCAUCGCAAACCAGCUACAGGCUAUCAAAAAUGCGAAGGAUCGCUAUCACAUUGCAAUGGAUCAGCUGCGGAGUCAGGAGACGCUUCUGCAGGAACGCGAAGGUGCCGCGCGCCGGCAGCAGGAGGAACUAAUGGCAGCGACGGAGCGUGUCCAAGAGCUGCUGCGCAAAAACAGCGACCUGCGUGAGCAGCUGGAGACCAUCAACAACGCUCGCGAGCAGCUGGUGCAGGAGGUGAAGCUGAGUCAGCAGGCACUGCUGCGUCUACAACAGACGACAAGCAUCAACGGGCGUCACUGGGGCGUGCUUAGCUCAGCGUAUCAGAGUAGAGAGGGAGCAGCCACUGGGGUGUCCACUUUGGAUGCCACGGCGGGGGCGGGGUCGACUGACUUCAUGCGUGAGUUUGGCGCGAAUGCGCACGUGUUGAACCUGCCGGGGUACCGCAGCCUCAACCUCCCCUUCCGCAGUAGUGUCUAUCGCUCCACAUGCCUGGGAAAGACCGGACUAGUCGCUGCGUCAGGCGCGCUGUCGCCUUCGAGCACGGGAGCGGUAGCUGACGGCGUGACAGUGACAGAACGACCAUCGCUCUUCGCCACGAAGGCGGCUUCUCCGUCCCCGGUGCACAGUAGCCAGGAGCGCGCCGGCAGCGCCGAAACGGCCGGCCUGACUGAGCCGCAUGGCCGGGGAAGCAUGUCGUCACUGAGCAAGACAGAGCGAACCAGCGGCACCGCGGCCGCUUCAGCGUCACAACUUCCUGUGAAGUCCGCCUCUCUGAAUAAACAAUCGUCACACAUGGGCCGCUCUUCAUUCAACGGCUUGGCAGUGAAGUCCUUCUUAGGCGGAGAAGACGCAUCGCAGCGAGCGGCGGUGACUGCAGGCCCGGCACUAGAGAGCGCCUACUUUUAG